CAGCGGCGACGACGGCGGCACUCGCAAGGAGCGUAGAACGCACAACCGGCGCGAUUCGGCUGCGACGGUCCGUCGAAACAACAACGACGACGACGAUAAUCGCGGGUGACCAGCGCUCGGUCUUCCACGACGAUCGGCCGUGUCAACGGAGACAGACAGUAGCGCAGACGAGGGCACGAAGAUGGUGAGCUACGCAGUCCAGCAUUUGUCAACGCAGAUAUCCGAGUGUCCUGUGUUGCAAUCUGUCAUCUGUCAACAUGCAAUCGAACACGGAAACAUCCAUGACAAUGAGCAUCGAUCCAGACAAAUAAUAUCGGCGCAGGUCUGCUCCAAUAUCACAUGUUUUGUUCAUCGUAACUAUGACUACAACUUGGCUAAGAGAGAAGUCCAGCCAGGCUGACGAAGCUUAACGCUUAACGUAAGUGCGGAUUUGCGAUAUCGCUCGGAUAUUAAAAGUCACUUAAUCAAAAUGAAUGACAAGGAUGACAGUGCUUGGGUGUUUGAUUCUCUCAUCGGAUUCCUGCAAGGUCCCAUUUGGUCUUCACCUUUGAUGACCUUCAUCGAAGAAAAGUCCCUCGUUUUCGAGGCCAAUACCGAAGAUUGUGAAGAGUAUCGGAAGAUAUACCAGGAAUACAAAAAUUUAGUUGAUCUAUUGUUAGGAUGUUUCAUGGAAGACAUGGGUAUCACGCCGGAACAAUUUGAACACGCGUGCUCUGUUAAUAGAGAUACAAAAAUUCCUAUACAAUUUCAACAAAAUCUGUUUGAACAAAUAUGGGCCGCGAACGAGUAUGAGAUAUUCAAAAGAAUGAUGAUACAGAAGAACCUGGAGCUUCAAUUGCAGGCGCUAAAUAUGAUUGAACAAAAGUACGGUCUCACACCCGCUUCUCUCGUAUACGAGACAGAUAGUUUGCACGACGAUGAAUUGGUCAUGGAAGACUUGAUAAAUAAACAUGUUUUGGAAGAUCAGAGUGAAGAUGAGCCUGUUAUAUCUCCGGAAACGUCGUUCAUCGCUGAACAUGAGCGUCUGGCUGCUGAAUAUUACAAUGAAAGAGCAUUGUUAGAGGAAGCGUUAAGGAAGUCACAGGAUGCUUCCAGAAACGCUUCAGACGACGAGUCAACGGAAGAGAUCGAAUAUGCUUCCCACGAAAAAGAACCAGUGGAAAAAUUUCGUCCGCUUAGGAAAUUCGAUCCGCUUAAUCCGAUACCGAUUUCGAAAAAAGAAUCCAAUGAAGACGAGAUGAGUGCAGAGGAUAUUAAAAAGAGGCAAGAUUACUUGAAAGCCAGACGAGACAAACUCGUAGCUUUGAAGAAAGAAGCUAGAAGUCAGCAAUUAGAAAUGAAUAAAACUCGGCCGAGUUCAGCUAGAGUGGUGGCUGAAGCAACCAUGAAAGGUCAGCAAGAACUAGAAGCAGCGCAAGCAGUAGACCCUUCUAUACUUCAAGUACGAAGGGCUCUCGCGGCUCGACUGAAAGCCGAAGUGGUGCAUAAGUAAAUUUAAUUGCUCGCGCGACAAUUUGCUUUUUCUCUUACAAUACUAAUCGUAGAUAUGUUUUAAACUGCGUAAUUACAAUAUGUAAAGGCCACGUUUCUAGUUUUCUUCUUUCGUGCGAAGAGCGGAUCGUUGAACAUGUGUAUAUCGUUGCUUGAGAAAUAUUUUUAUUUUUAAAGAAUUGUAUCAUGAGAAGGUAGAGAACAUAAAACUAAAGUUCGCUCGUAUACCAUCAUUGUUUCUUAUUCGAUAUCUGCAAUUUCACGAAAUUGCAUUUAAUAAAACGAGAGUGUUGCAUUUUU